UUGAAGAGGGCAGCUUAACUUUGAAAACGUCUGGCUUUCUUGACUUGUGACCGAAAGUCAUCGAAACUGUAGGUCUCUUAAAGAUUUAUUUAAAGUAUUAAAUUUCUAAAAAUUUAGACAUGUUAAAAUUAGGUGUUUUGACUUUUUUCAUUGUGUGUUUUGUAAAUGGACAAUUAACCGACAAAACGAGAAUUCCAAAUGCAUCUGGAUCUGACGUAGUAGAAGCUGUAGUGAAUUUGAUCAGAGAGGCAUGUAUCUUCCCAAAUGAUAAAUUGUACCUCAGAAGACUUGCCUAUGUUGAGAGCAUGGAUGGUUUGGAAGCAAAUACAUACAGACCAAAUUAUUAUGGAGGAAUUUGGCAGAUAGACCAGGACAUGUUCCAGCAAAUUGCAACAGCAAAAGUUCUAGAUGAUGCUAAGAAGAUGAUUAAACAGAGCAUAGGCAUCGAUUGGUCAAAAGUACAGUGGGUAGAUCUUGCAAAACCAUUAUACUCAGGACUUGCCGCCGCUCUGUUUACUCUGCUCAAAGCAGGAAACAAUGGAAUCCCACGUGGUAUCGAAUAUCAAGCCAAUUUUUGGGUGAACACUUCCAGACCUGGCCAACUUGCAAAUGUGUUUUUCACAAAAUCCAACAAAUUAGAAACAGGGUGUAAAAGAACAAAUGCCUUAGAUUUGGUAUUUGCCCUAGACAGUUCCACCAGUUUAGCUCCUCAAGAUUUCGAUGUAGCCAAGCAGUUUGUCAAAUCUAUUGUUGACUCAUUUGAGAUAAGUAGCGACAAAACACAGGUCGGCCUUAUCAGAUUUAGCACAACCGUUGAUGGAGGGUUUUACUUGAACCAACACACUUCUGCCGAUGGAUUAAAGAAGGCAAUCGACGGAGUGGUAUACAAAUCCGGUGGUACACACACCGCAGAAGCAAUUGAGUACGCCAUCAACAAUAUAUUUACAACCACUAACGGCGCCCGUUUAGGGUCAUCAAAGAUAUUGAUUCUUGUAACUGAUGGGCGUUCUGAAAAUGGAGUUGAGACUUUAAGACAAGCCAAACUUGCAAAAGCCAAAGGAAUAUCAAUAUUUGCUAUUGGAGUAACUGCACAGGUCGUCGAGAGAGAAUUGAAUGCCGUUGCUAGUCAACCUACAUGCACACAUGUCCAAGUUCUGAAUACAUUUGCCGACUUAGAUUCUCUUAAAGCAGAAAUAGAACAGGUGUCAUGCAAAGCCCCAGCAGUAUUGACGCCAAAUAAGUACGUUUACGGAUGUAAUAGUAAUGUUGCUGUUCAAAUUCUACCAAAUGUACAAGCCGGUACAACUGUCACGGUUAUGGUUGAUGAAGGACAGGUUGAUGUGUAUGGUUCCCUUGCAACUUCAAAUCCUAACGCCAUUAUCAAUGAUUUCAAUUCCAUGGCAACAAUCAGUGCAUCAACCUCCUUUUAUAUAAAAGGAGAUAAGGCAGUUUCCCUAGCAUUUGUCAGCAACAAAGCAAUUUCUUGCAAAACAAAUUUCACAGUUAAUGUUGAGCAAGGAAUGAUGGCCCAUAAAAAUGUUCACUUACUAUGCAUAGAGGAUAACAUCAUACAGAACUGUACAGCUGAAACAUUACAGAAAAGUCCUUUCCUCAUUGUUCCACCAGGAAGGAACAACUACCUAGGUUUAUGCAAUGCCAUACCAGAGUUCUUUGUCUUCCCAGAAAGAAAUGAUAGAUUUAUAUUCUGUGAUGGUCAAGGUCACUAUUUUAUUGUUCUUUGUCCUUUGGAUUCUAUCUUUGACUCCAAUGUUCUACGUUGUAUUCCCGGAAGACUCCUGUUGACUCCUAUAACAACUACAUCUAUGCCACUGACGUCAACUCUUACCCCCGUACCAACCACGGCAGUUCCUACUGGUGUUGUAGUGCCAACUGGUACCCCAAAGAACCCAUGCACACCACAGAAUCUUGCGCUCGGCCUAUACUUUUUCGAAUACCCAGGAAACAACCAGCUGUUUAUUGAGUGUUACAAUCUCCCUUACGUAGCCGUGGUUAAGAGUUGUGACGUACACCAUUAUUGGGACCAGAGGACCUUGACCUGCCUAUACAGACAAGUCGUCGUGGAUCCUACAAAGGGCGUUUACAGUGGUGGCAGUAAUCCAUGCAAUACUAUUCCAAAUCUCUUCUAUUAUCCAUUGCCUGAAAAAACAAAAUACAUUCAUUGCGAUGAUUUCGGAGAUGCAUUCGAGAAGACCUGCCCUAACAACUUUAUCUGGAGUCAACCAAUUUUACAAUGUAUUCCUAGAGGCGUGAUAUUCAGUGCCCCACCACCUGUUGGAAAGUAACAGAAAUAUACUCAUAAUAUAUAUAAACACUUUUUACAUGACUCCUGAUAAAUAGUUAAACAUUAAAUUUGAAGAAAAUCGUAAAUAUUCAUAUUUAAUAUAUGAAUGUCAAUUCAUACAUGUUGUGAUUGUGUUUACAAAGAGAUGUAAACAGAAUGAAUUGUGCAUUUUGUUUUGAAAGAAUAAAAAUUGUAUAUAAACUUU